AUGUCUUCGUAUCGCGGCGCGUGGGACGGCGGCCCGCCGGGCGCCGAGGCGGAGUAUGGGCCUCCGCCGCAGCUGGCGCCGCCGCCCGCGCGCGCGGUCCCCAGCACCGACCCAUGGACGGGCGUCAGCUACACGCACUACGCGCCGCCCCACAGCUACGACUACCAGGCUUACGGUGCUAGCUACGGCUACAAUUAUGACCCUAGUUAUUAUCAACAAAACGAUACCGGCUACUAUGGAAAGUAUCCUGAUUCUAGGCCGCCGUAUCCUCCCGCGCCUCAAGCUAAUUAUGAUUAUCCACCACGCCCCCCCCGUGAUCGGACACUGUCACCGGUCGAGCCGCGUAGUUAUGAUCAAAGAAAGGCGUACAGAUCUAAAUCUAGAAGUGCAUCACCCUAUGAUAAAAGAGAGAGAGCUUACCCGAGGAAAAGAGAGAGUAGCUAUGAAGAAGGCAGUAGACGACAUCCUAGAUCGAGAAGUAGGUCUACAAAGCCAAAGAGAAAUAAAUAUUCUUCAAGUGACCGUUCCAGCUCUGGAUCCAGAUCUUACUCACGUUUUUCUGUAAAAGAAAAUAAAAGAAAAAAGAGAUCUGUAUCAACAGACACUUCUAUAUCUGAUAGGUCCUAUAAGAAAGUUCGCAACAGGAGUCAUAAUCGUUCCAUAACUCCAACAAAAAGAAGUAGAUCUGGUUCUAGCACUAGGUCAAGAACACCGAGUAUUGGAAGAUCUCCAAGUAAAUCACCAAGACUGAAAGACGGUAGAGAUUUAAAAAAAAAUAAAAGUCAUUCCAAAAAGGAUUUCAAGAAUAAAAAUAAGAGACAUAAUAAAGAUGGGAGUCCUUCACCAGGGAAAUACAGUGAAGGCACACCUCCUCCAAAAGCUUUUAGUAAAACAGAUAAAUCAUCAUCUCUUACUCCACCGAGAAGCUAUAAGAGGUCUCAAAAGUCUGUUACACCUUCAAAAAGUACCAAAUACAAAGAUAGCAGUCCAAAAACACCACCUAGGAAGGAGCGUGACAACUCAUUAACUCCACCAAAAAGCUAUGCCAGAAGUAGAUCUUCGAGUGGUUCCAAGUCUCGUUCUAGGUCCUGUUCCCCCCGGCAUGAGAAGCAAAAAUUGUCUCAUUCCUCUAAAUCUGGUCAUUCUAGAUCUAGUUCACAGUCAUCCAGUAAAUCUUCUAGAUCAUCAAGAAGCUCUCAUUCAAAGUCCAGACAUAAUACAAAACAUGUACGGAUGUCUAGACGUAGUAGAUCACGUUCUAAUAAUCGAUCAAAGCGUUCAUCUGGAAACAGAUCAAAGUCCCGCCGCAAAUCAAAGUCUAGAGAUCGUCGCUGUUCCAGAGAUUCGAGAUCGCGAUCAGGCAGUUCACCUUCGCGCAGCCGUAGUCUCAGCAGGACACCAAGUGAUGAUGCACGUCGUGGUCAGUUUACAGUAGCCGACAGAAAAAGAUUCUGGAAACUGCGUAGACAAGAAGAAAUGGAGAAAGAAAAAUCACCUCCAAAGGAAGUUAAGCCUCCUCCAGGUGUUAUAGCAGCCUCUGAUAUUGAUGAAAUUCAAUAUGGAGACCCACCUGAAGUGGAAGGUCCCAAUUUCGCCGAGCUUUUACCUCCUGUUAACCAAGUAUUCCCCGGUACUUCAUCAUCUAAAACAACACCCAUUCCUAUUAAGAAUGAUGGUAGCUUCUUGGAAAUGUUUAAAAAGAUGCAAGAAGAAACCAAAAAAGUUGAGGAAAAGAAACCAGAGAUUAAAAAGCCGAUUUUACCAUUUAUUGGCAAACGACGCGGUGGGCGUGUCCUAAAGACUGGUUUGGUUAAAAAAGCUAAGGCUAUUGACGAGCAAACGGUUGACAACACGCCAAAAGACGCUUGGUCACUUUAUAUGCAGGAAGUGAAGAAGUACAGAGAAACCUCGUGUGAAGAGGAAAGAAAAACACGUCCCCUCGUGAAAUAA